UUUGACAAACUCAAAGCGGUGUGUGUGUGCUUUCCGCAAAGAUAUUUAAGUAAAUUCAAUAUCUAUCGACAAGAUGAGUAGAGAACGUUAUCACCCCCUAGCCAGAAGUGAGUAUGAAGUACCAGCUGGCAAACAACCAGUGGAUCGACACUUGAGUCGCGAUGAUAUCACAAAUCAAGGCCGCUAUCUGCUCAAUACCUUCAUCCAUGAGCGUAUGCGUCAGGAUGGUAUACAGCAAGCACCUGCCCUGGAUGAACUACAGGAACCGGGCACUCCUUGUGGCCCACCUAUGCAACACACGACAGAGAUAGCCCGGGCCUUGCGAUGUAUAGGCGACCAGUUGGAUGGAGACGUUAGGCUACAGAACCUGAUCAGCCAGGUCCCGCCGGACGCUCAGCGGAGCACAUUUCUCAACGUAGCCCAGUCUAUAUUCAGCGAUGGAGUGUUCAACUGGGGCAGGGUGGUGGCCCUCUUUUACUUUGCUUACAAGAUGGCACUGAAGGCCUUGGAUAAGAUACCUCUAGUCCGAGCUAUCAUCAACCUAGUGAUAGACUUCCUGAGAGACAAAGUGGCACAGUGGAUUAUAGACAGAGGUGGCUGGGAAGCCAUUGUGGAAUACUUCGGGACACCCAGCAAACAGGUUUUGCUUGUCCUUGGCGCCGGCGUGGUCAUAAGUGGAGCCAUCUACCUCUGGAAGGGCUGGCAUUGAUAGUUUCUGGCAUUUUAGGUUUUUAUUCAAUUGCUGACUUAACUGUGUCCGACUGAUUCCGUGUUUGUGUUUCCGUGACAGGUAGCUGUGGAAUGUAGCCAGUCAAUGGGAGUUUGUGUGUCUCCAUGGUAACGAUAAAGAGAAAUCGAGUGUGUUGUCCUAUUCAUGAGAAUUUUCAACAAAUCUUGCAUAAUUGGAUCCUCUUGUAUUCUUAUGUCUUUAUUUGUUGUAUUUAUUUCAAGUUCCAGAAUUGUUUUAUUUGUAAUGUUUAGAAGAAUUGAUGAAGAUAAACAUAGCGAGGGUCACAUUACAAUGAAGCUUCAGAACAUUUAGUAUGACAUGAGCUGAGGGGGCACAGGUCGUCUAAAAUGGUGUCAUUCACUGUGUGUCCGUAGGAGUGCCAGAAACCUAUGGUCGUGGGUUCGAAUUCCAGAUACGAAUUAUGAUUCUAGGUUUGUCAGCACCAUACCUGAGCUUGUGAUUUUCACCCAAGUGGUAAACAUCAAAGACCUGCAUCACUUCGGGAUUUCCUCCCACAUGAAGCUGAAAAUGAAGUAACUGAGAUACAGCAUCAAACCCAACUCACUCACUCACUCACUCACCGUAAUAAUAGUACGCCACUCAUACGGUUCACGCUGUGUAUACUCCAAGCAAGAUAUAAUACCCAGGUCAACAGUUUGGAGCGAAUUCUGAACUCCCUGAUCUGACAAGUCAGUUGAUAUUCAGUAUCUUGCCCUUUUAUGGUUAAAACCUGUGGCAGUAAUUAUGUAGAUUACGGUAGCACUUUGGUAAUGAUGCUAUGACCACCAAGAAUGUGGUAUCCUAGAUUAAUAGACUUGGUGUUUGUAGCCUGUGAUAUUGUUUUGUGACCAAAGCUUGGCUGUCCUCACAUGUUGUGAUCAAAUAUGUGUUAAAAUUUCUGUUGAUAAAUUUAGGUCAGUUUGUUGACAAUGACUAGAUGUGGACAGAUUACAUUGGUCAUCUUGCUCAUCCUAUCCUUGUCAAUUUUGAAAGGCCAAUUAUGCAGGAUUUUGUAGACAAUUAUUCCCGUAGAGUAUGAUUCUCCCGAUGCUGAGUGGACGAGUGUUGACACCCUGUGUUCAGUGCUUUUUGUUGAGAUCUGCUUCAUGGUCAGCCUCAGGCAACUCCACCAUCAUCAACAUCAACACCAAUGCCAUUACAAACAGGGUUAGACCAACCGUUGGCAGAGAUGCCAGCCAUCCCUUUUGGCAGAAUCAGUAUGAUAUUUUGAACCAAUUUGCGCCAGUAUUAUUAAGUGAAAUAUGUUACGCAUUUGGCCCAAAAUUAAUUACCAGUAUUUUAAAAUAGAAACCUGUUGACCUUUCCACAGGCAUUCUAUCAUACACAACAAACCAAUAAUCACUGAUUUCACCUUGUGCAGUGAAUGUUUGGGUGAUUAAAGGGGAAGUGUACACGCAAAAAUCCCUUUCUUUCUUUUUCUAAACAAAACGCAAUUUUAGAAUUAGUUAGUAUCUGUGUUUAAAAAUAUAAACUCAUUUUUUUCAAAGUGAAAGUAGGAAGCUCACAAUAGUGUGAAAAUGCUAUGCCAUUAUGAAGCCUUUGUUUUUCGAGCUAAACAGGCCUGAGUUAUCCCCCUUAGAUUAUGACGUAAUUGGUGCCAAUUCAACUGGGUCCCUGUCUAUUCUCAACGCAAAAGAUAUCAAGUACCAGUUUGC